GGUCCUUCUGCAGGGCAAAAAGUCUUCGGAUAGGUCUACAACUCCAGUGUGGGAGGAGAUGUUCCUUAAAUAUUUGCCCUGUCGCUUUCUUACAUUUCUCAGCCUAACCAUAGCUGUAUUCACAAGACAUGUUAAGUCGCAUUUUUGUUUGUUUUGUGCAAACCCAGCCCCGGAGUUUAUAGCUCACGUAGCGCAAUGUGUGAAUCCAGGAAGUUGGGUUUUCUGUUAUUCAGCUAAGCUAAUCAGGCUUAAGAGCACAGUGUGAAACAUAGAAUUAAAGCAGAAGCAAGAAUCUCUACCUGGUGAUUUCAGAAAGCACCGGAGGAUCACAACCCCUUUUACAUGUCAAAAGAACAAAAACAGGUUGGAUACAGUACCGACCCCAUCCACUGUCAGAACGUGGCUGGGAAUUAGGAAAGCGUGAUCAAGUUAACCAAGCAAAUAGUACAAACACAGCCCGUGGUGAGUAAAGCCAGUCACGCCCCCCGUGAUUUAAUAGCAGCCGCACAUCCAGAGCCUGUCGGGAGAUGCGUCUUGGAGAUGCCUCAAGAUGGGUGCCGGGCCUUUCGGUGGCCGUCUGGUGCGCCGCCCGCUCCAAGAGCAGCUAAUACCAGUUGGUGCAGCAGAUGAGGAACCUGGCGUCCUCCAGCGGGGCCAGGAGCCAGGCCUGGCAGUAGCUCUUGGGGUGACCGGCCUCCUCGGGGGGCAGCUGCCCGGGGCUGCGGUCGGCAUCUUCCUGGAUGGGCUCCUCCUCCUGGUGGAGGGCCUGGCUGGGCUCCAGCUCAGCUGCUGCCAAGGGGUCUCCGUGGUCGGAGGAGCUCAUGGCGAGGGGCUGGGAGGACGGAGAGAGAGAGAGGAGAGGAUGGGACUCAGGGCAGAACCCCCACCUGGACCGCCAAGGGUGGCUUCCAACCCCAAAGGCAGCCCGGACACUGAUGGGGGGUUUGCCCCGCCUUUGACAGGGCUGAAGGACAUGAGGAAGAGCCUGCGCUCCGUGGACGGCCUGCUGGAGGUGCACGACGCCCGCAUUCCACUUUCCGGGCGGAAUCCUGUCUUGAAGGAAGUCCUGGGGAUCCGUCCACAUUUGCUGGUGUUGAAUAAAAUGGAUUUGGCAGAUCUGACCUACAAGUCGAGAAUUCUGGAACUUUUGGAACAGCAAGGUUUGCAGCACGUUGUCUUCACCGAUUGCUUAACAGACGAAAAUAUCGAGAAGCUCGUUCCCAUUCUCACAGGACUGAUCAAAAACAGCCAGCGUUAUCAGAGGGCGGAGAAUGUGGAUAACAACAUCAUGGUGAUCGGUGUACCGAAUGUGGGAAAAUCCUCAAUCAUCAAUUCACUGAGAAAGCUACACCUCAGGAAAGGAAAAGCCGCAGCGGUUGGCGGGGCGCCAGGUAUAACCAAAGCGGUUCUGACCAGGAUCCAGGUGUCUGAAAAGCCCCUCAUGUACUUGCUGGAUACUCCUGGGGUGCUGUCUCCCCAAAUUGAGUCCGUUGAGACGGGGCUGAAGCUGGCACUAUGUGGGGCAAUUCUUGAUCACCUGGUGGGAGUGGAGGUCAUUGCUGACUACCUUCUGUAUGUGCUGAACCAGCAGCAGCAAUUCAGUUACGUGGAGCGUUACGGGCUGAGUGGCCCCUGCGAUGAGGUGGAGAGUGUACUCAGAAGCAUAGCACGGCACCUGGGCAAAGUGCAAAAAGUCCAGGUCCUGACUGGCACAGGGAAUGUGAACGUAUCGGUCCCCAAUUACAACGCAGCAGCCUGUGAAUUCAUCUACACCUUCCGUAAAGGGCUUCUGGGGAAGGUAAUGCUGGAUCAAGGGAGUGAGAUCCUUGACUGACCUUCCCCUGGAGUUUUCUUCUGGAAAGUUCCCAGGAUCUACCAGGAGCAGGAGUCCUCCGUGCUGUAUCUUCAGGGGAUGGACACCGGCUUGUCUUGGAUGACAAAGCAAUAGCUGGAGAGAUCUAUGGUUUACCUCUUAUUUAAAAAGAACUUUGGAGGCCGAUUGCACUGCUUUGUGAUCUGUUCAAACCACAUAAUCCGAUAACAUUGUUGCAAGUUAAACUUGCUAUCCCAUGUUUUGUAACAGAGCUGUAUCCCAUAGUUUUGGCUUCCCUUUUUGGAUAUUAUGAAUAAAUAAUUUUAAGAUUG